GAGGAAGAGGUAGCCAUGGAGAACAGACCCUCUAUGGUGAAAGUGGACAGGGGUGAGAACCAGAUCUCACCAUGUCGAGCGAGAAGGUGCUUCCCCAAGGCUCUGGGCUAUAUUACCGGAGAUAUGAAGGAAUUCUCCAACUGGUUUAAAGACAAGCCUGUGAUCCUCCAGUUUGUCGACUGGAUUCUUCGGGGCAUAUCCCAGGUGGUGUUUAUCAAUAACCCCAUUAGUGGGAUACUGAUUGUGGUGGGACUCCUGGUCCAGAACCCCUGGUGGGCUCUCACUGGCUGUUUGGCAACAGUGGUCUCCACCCUAAUGGCCAUCUUGCUCGACCAGGACAGGUCAGCAAUCGCAGCUGGGCUCCAGGGCUACAAUGCCACCCUGCUGGGAAUACUCAUGGCUGUCUUUUCAGACAUAGGAGACUAUUUCUGGUGGCUGUUACUCCCCAUAAUUUCUAUGUCCAUGACUUGUCCAGUUUUCUCAAGUGCAUUGAACUCUGUGCUGGGCAAAUGGGACCUCCCUGUCUUCACGCUCCCUUUCAACAUGGCAUUGUCCAUGUACCUUUCGGCCACAGGACAUCACAAUCCAUUCUUUCCAGGCAAACUGUUCACACCUGUAAGCGCCAUUCCAAAUGUCACCUGGUCUGAUCUCCAAGCCCUGGAGUUAUUGAAAGCUGUGCCAGUGGGGGUUGGUCAGAUAUUUGGCUGUGACAACCCGUGGACUGGGGGCAUUUUCCUAAUUGCCAUCCUAGUCUGCUCCCCGCUCAUGUGCCUACAUGCUACAAUCGGGUCGCUGAUGGGCAUAGUGGCAGGACUCAGUCUUUCAGCUCCAUUUGAAGACAUCUAUUUUGGACUCUGGGGUUUCAACAGCUCUCUGGCCUGCAUUGCAAUAGGAGGAAUGUUCAUGGCACUCACUUGGCAAACCCACCUCCUGGCUCUUGGCUGCGCCCUGUUUACUGCCUACCUGGGAGUCAGCAUGGCAAACCUUAUGGCUAUGGUUGGACUGCCAGCUUGUACCUGGCCCUUCUGUUGGGCAACACUACUUUUCCUCUUGAUAACCACAAAAAACCCCAACAUCUACAAGAUGCCUCUCAGUAAAGUCACCUAUCCUGAAGAAAACCGCAUCUUCUACCUACAAGCCAGGAAAAGGACGGCUGAAAGCCCUUUGUGAGAACAACCUUUAUCCACAGCCAUGGUCAUGAGUCAUUUCUGACUGACUGCUCCAGUUGACUUCCAGGGUCUUGGCAAACUGUUUUUCACUAGUAACAACUUUCAUACUAACCCAUCGACAAUCUGUUCUUAUGCUUAUUUUAUGUUUUUCUUUUUGCCUCCAGGAAUAUCCUCAAGCCCUUGGGAGCCACAUCUAGGUGAUGUGCUCGGGAAUGGAAUGUUAAACCCUAGUGUGGGGGUUGGCACUAAGACUGUAAUGUACAUAAAGUCAAAAUGCUCUAACAAAAAAAGGAA